CAAUACCUAACCUCAUAAAAAGCAUUGACAAUGAUGUCAAGCGUUCCACGGCUUAAUUAUUCCGUAGAAAAUGAAACCGCUGAGAUUGCUACCAAGACCUUUGCUCUAAUCUUACAAAAGGCGUACGAGCAGUAUCAAAAAUUGUGGAAUAAAUAUCUGGAUUUAGUUAAGACCUAUGGAGUUGAUAGUUCUAUACACAAAGAAAUUCAAGAAGCAUGGAAGGAAGAGAAUGUUUUAAAAUCUAUACACGUAUUUACCGAAGAUGUUGAAUUUUUAACAAAAUUCAAGUAUCAAAAAAAUCUAUCGGAUGAAGAAGAAGUAAUCAAUGAUAGAAAAAGAAAUGAAAGCUUUAUGAAAGAAAAUAAUGACGUUUUAGAAAAAUCCCUGUUUGACAGGGAUAUAGAUAUUGAUGACACUAUAUAUCAAUCUCCUUGUAAAAAAUCAACAAAUCUUAUUUUACCUGAAAGUCCAAUAUUUAUGCGAAAAGAUGAAAAGUCUAUUAAUAUGAUUUCUGAAAAUGAAGUUUCUAUGAAUAGUGACAAUACAAUUAUUCCGUGUACUGUGGAAACUAAUAACAAAUCAGAUUAUAAUGAACAAAAUAUUGGCGAUAAUUGUAUAACGUCUGAACAAUAUUUAAACAAUAUAUCUUUUAAUAAUUGUUCUCCUUUUGUUGUCUGUAAUACUCCCGUAGUUAAUAAACAAUGUAAUAAGAAGAACAGAAAAAAAUUAUUUAAGAAAACUCAUCAAAAUAAACAACAGUUGAAUGAUAAUUUAGUUAGUCCUAAAAAGGAUCAAAUGAAGGAGAAAGGAAGUCCUAUAUAUUAUAAAUUUCAUACAACAUCAGAUGACAAAAAAUUAAGACAAACAACACUUCCAUUUUAUAAUAUUAAAAAAGAGGUAGAUAAUACUACUCUAACUUCUACUGAGAAAGAUGUAACAAUAAAAAAAUCUAAAAGAUUUCUAUUCAAUUGUAAAUCUUCCAUAGAAAAUAUAAUGCAAAGUGAAGCUAUAAGUGAUAGAAAAAUUGAUAUUAUAAAUUUAAAUGAUGUUAAUGAUAAGAAUGAGGCGAUAUUUGAGGAUGUAAUAGAAAGUAGUCCAAAUUACAAACACGUACAAUUAGAAAAUGAAAGUCGGAUAAAGUUAAAACGAAAACUUAAAAAGACUGACCAUAUAAAAGUAACUGCUCUGUCCUGUAAUAAUUCUAUAGAAAUGCAAAAUAAAGUGUGCUCAACAAAAAAUCCAAAUUUUUUUAUUGAUGAUGAUGGUUUCUUAUCUCCAGAGAUGAAUACUGAUAAUAUCAAAAAAAAGUGCUUGACAUUUCAUCAAGAUAUUCAAUCAAAACAAAAACUUGCUGAAAAGAAUAAUUAUGAGGGAAUUGCAUGUACAAAACAGAUUGAAUUAAAUCCACUUCAAUAUACAUGUGAUGAUGAAACAUAUUUUGAAGAAAAUUCUCAGAAAGAGAAUAAUAUUAAUAAUGUAAAUAAAAAAAUAAAUAAAAAUUUACUUAGACUUGAAAAUAUGAAAAAAAAUGACCAUGAAUAUAUCUAUACAGAUAAAUCAACUAAAAAAGAUGAUAAAGUAAAAAAUCAAAAAUGGAGUUGUUGGGAAUGUGCUGAGUAUUAUAAAAAUAAACCUGGUAUUUCUGACAAACAAGUACAAAUGUGGAAAAAUCAAUGUUCACGUCACAAAAAUGUAUAUUAUGCCAGAGAAGCAACACCACCAGGUUUUUGGGAUCCUUUAUUCCCUGAUACUAUCUCGGAUAAUACACAACAAAAAUAAUAAAAAAUUGUAAAAUUGAAACUAUAUAUAUUUUGUAGAUAAAAUAAUAUGGAAAAAUAUCAUUAUAUAUAUUUGUAAAUAUUAGAAACUAAGUUACGAUUUGUUCUUUCUGAAUAUUUAUUUGUUCAUUUGAAUAAAAUACAGUUACAUAAGAUA